GUACCUAGAGUAGUCAAAUUCAUAAAGACAGAAAGUAGAAUGUUGAUUACCAGAGGCUGGGGGAAGGGACCAUGGAGAGGUAUUGAAUGGGUAUGGAAUUUCAGUUUGGAAAGAAGAAAAAGUCCUAAAGAUGGGUGGUGAUGAUGGUUGCACAACAAUGUGAACACACUUAAUGCCACAGUGCUGUCCACUUAAAAGUUAAAACGGUAAUUUUUGUUACAUAUCUUUUACCACAAUAAAAAAAAAUGCUGAUACCUAUUACCAGAUUAUCCUCCAGAAAACGAAUUCACUCUCAGCACUAGCACAGGUCAUUACCAAUCUUUUUACUGUCAAUUUGACUGGUAGAAGAAAAAAAAUGUCAUUCCAAAUGUUCACUUUAACAAUCUCCAGGUCAGCGAUUUAAAACAGAUAAUCAGCAAGAAUUCUCAACGGAUCAAGACGCUGGGAGAAAAAAACGUGGUAAGAAAGUCAUUUUAACUCUGAUUUUUAAUACUGUAAAUGGAACUUCAGCCAUGGUCCUCCGAUUUUCUGCAUAAAUAUGUGCAAGCAAAAAAAAAAAGCUGUGAGUACAGUGCGCAGUUGUAAUAGUGUUUUAAUUUCUGGGUAGUUGUUGCUUCCAGGCAUAGAAACAGGCGCUGGGGAGGAGAAAACGAUACAGAUACCAGCCUCACCCUCGAAGUGUUACGCUCUGGCCCCUUAUCUGUCCCUGAAGAGUAAAGGGCGGGACCCACGGUGGUACGCAUGCGUUGAACUCCUCGGCCCGGGAGCGGCCGCUCUAGGCAGCGGGGAGGUCGCGGGGUUCAAGAGGCUGGGAGUCGAGUGGGGCCUCUCCUCUAUGGUAGGGGGUCCGGGACACCCUCCUCCGCAGUCAGUCGGUUACUGCCGGAAGUGAAGCUGCCACCUCCUCCUCUGCUUCCGCAGGGGUGCACAGGGGGGGCACAUACGGAUGGUCUCCGGGAUGAGCGCAGCGAUUUAAUGAUGCUUUGCAGCAAUUUUCUAAGUCUGAAAUUUUCUUUGCCUGUGGAUCCUAGAAUUUGCUAAGAGAUGGAAGAGUCUCAGCAAAAUGAUCUGAACACGAUGUCCCUUGAGAAAGAUGACCCUCUCAAGAGCACCGGCCCUCAGAUUUCUGUUAGUGAAUUUUCCUGCCACUGCUGUUAUGACAUCCUGGUUAACCCCACCACCUUGAACUGUGGGCAUAGCUUCUGCCGGCACUGCCUAGCUUUAUGGUGGACCUCUUCAAAGAAAACAGAGUGUCCAGAAUGCAGAGAAAAGUGGGAAGGUUUCCCCAAAGUUAAUAUUCUCCUCAGGGAUGCCAUUGAAAAAUUAUUUCCUGAUGCCAUUAGAAUGCGAUUUGAAGACAUUCAGCAGAAUAACGACAUAGUCCAGAGUCUUGCAGCCUUUCAGAAAUAUGGGAAUGAUCAGAUUCCUUUAGCUCAUCACACAGGCCGAGCGAAUCAGCACAGAGGAGGGGGAUUCUUUUCUGGAGUGCUCACGGCUUUAACCGGUGUGGCGGUGGUCCUGCUUGUGUAUCACUGGAGCAGCAGGGAAUCUGAGCAUGACCUCCUUGUCCACAAGGCUGUGGCCAAAUGGACAGCGGAAGAAGUUGUCCUCUGGCUGGAGCAGCUGGGCCCUUGGGCCACUCUCUACAGAGACAGGUUUUUAUCUGAAAGAGUAAAUGGAAGACUGCUGUUAACUUUGACAGAAGAGGAAUUUUCAAGGGCGCCAUAUACCAUAGAAAAUAGCAGCCACAGAAGAGCCAUCCUCAUGGAACUGGAGCGUGUCAAAGCCCUAGGUGUGAAGCCCCCCCAAAACCUCUGGGAAUAUAAGGCUGUGAACCCAGGCAGGUCCCUGUUCCUGCUGUAUGCUCUCAAGAGUUCCCCCAGACUCGGUCUGCUGUACCUCUACCUGUUUGACUACACAGACACCUUCCUACCCUUCAUCCACACCAUCUGCCCUCUGCAAGAAGACAGCCCCGGGGAGGACAUCAUCACCAAGCUUCUGGAUCUCCGAGAGCCCACAUGGAAGCAGUGGAGAGAAUUCCUGGUCAAAUACUCAUUCCUUCCAUACCAGCUGAUUGCUGAAUUUGCGUGGGACUGGCUGGAGGUCCAUUAUUGGACAUCACGGUUUCUCAUCGUCAAUGCCAUGUUACUCUCGGUUCUGGAAUUAUUCUCCUUUUGGAGGAUCUGGUCAAGAAGUGAACUGAAGACCGUGCCUCAGAGGAUGUGGAGCCAUUUUUGGAAAGUAUCGACACAGGGGCUUUUUGUGGCCAUGUUCUGGCCCCUCAUUCCUCAGUUUGUUUGCAACUGUUUAUUUUACUGGGCCCUGUACUUUAACCCAAUUAUUAACAUUGAUCUCGUGGUCAAGGAAGUCCGACGGCUAGAAACCCAAGUGUUUUGACUGGCACUGCCCAGGCUCUGAGGGACUCUGCCAGCCUCCCUGAUGGAUGAGCUUUUGAUGCUUAAGUGAAGGGGGGUGGGGAGUGGACUUCCUAUUUUCUUCCCCCAGUAAACAAGGUGCGGCUUGUCAAAGGCUACAAACCAGGUCCUCUCUCCCUCUGCCUGUGGCAUUGUGGCAGCAGGGACUGACACCUCAGAGCCAGGCUGACACAGCAGCAGCACCUCCCACCUAGCCGCCUUGCUCACAGGAACUUGGGAGACCCAGUCCACACUGGCCUGGAAGGACCGAGGGUCUUCAGAGGACGUGGUGUGGGCGACAUCAGAAGGCAGUCACAUCAGCAGCCCAACUUGUCCUAACCUCAGUGACUGACAAAGGCUCCCAGGGCAAGUUGGAGCCCUGAGACUGAACCCAAGACCAGGCUUGUGGGGGCCAGGCCUGUCCUCUAAAUCACGUUUAGUAAAACUGGAGAUUUUGUCAUAGGCAUAGAUGGUUGCACAUAAAAAGUACAGAGGAAAAACCAAAAUCUAAGAGAUGAUUCUGUCUCACUGAAGAGUUGCUAGGUUUCAGAGUUAAACCUCGAAAAGAUUCAGUUUGAGACUAGAAUGAUAGUUAGACUUGUCACUGUUUCUGACUUGUAAUCUUUGAAAUCUUGAAAGUUGGGAUCCCUUUCUCUGAGCGGGGGGACUGAGUGGGAUGUCAGGCAAUUAACUGCAAGUAAUUGACAUCAGGCUGAGCUGCCUCAGUGCUACUUAAAAUUGUUAUGUUUUGGGGUUUGCUUUGUUUUGUUUUUAAGAAUUUAAUCUAUAAAAUCCAGGAUGGUCCUUUUGUUCAAGGAAACAUUUUAUACAUUGACCUCACACUGUAUGAUCUUUAUCAUCUUGUUCUGAUGCAUAAGACAGCAAGUCUAAUUACACCGAACGCUGUAACUGU